GGCCGUCAAUCCUCCGCAACCAGCGGGGAGGGGGAGGAGGAGGGGGCGGCGGGUUCGGUUGCGCCGAGGAGGAGGAAGGUAGGUAGGGCGGUGGGUAGGUUGGUUGGCCGGCCUGCCUCCCUCCCUCCCUCCUUCCCGGCCGAGUCGGCGGCGCUGAGGGGAGAGAAGCCGGCGGCAGCCCGAGGCUCCAGGAAGAGGCCGAGGCAGGCCAGGCCCAGCCCGCCCGCCCGCCCGCCGCAGCAGCCAUGACGCUGGAGUCCAUGAUGGCCUGUUGCCUCAGCGACGAGGUGAAGGAGUCGAAGCGCAUCAACGCCGAGAUCGAGAAGCAGCUGCGGAGGGACAAGCGCGACGCCCGCCGGGAGCUCAAGCUGCUCUUGCUCGGUACAGGGGAGAGCGGGAAGAGCACGUUCAUCAAACAGAUGCGGAUAAUCCAUGGCUCGGGCUACUCAGAGGAGGACAAAAAGGGUUUCACCAAGCUGGUGUACCAGAACAUCUUCACUGCCAUGCAGUCGAUGAUCCGAGCCAUGGAGACCUUGAAGAUCCUGUACAAGUACGAACAGAACAAGACUAAUGCACUGCUGAUCCGAGAAGUGGAUGUAGAAAAGGUUGCUUCCUUCGAGCAACCUUACAUAAGUGCCAUUAAGACAUUGUGGAAUGACCCAGGGAUCCAGGAGUGCUACGACCGGCGGCGGGAAUACCAGCUCUCUGACUCAGCAAAAUACUACCUUACAGAUGUGGAUCGCAUCUCCAUGCAGGGAUACCUCCCAACUCAGCAGGAUGUGUUGCGGGUCAGAGUUCCAACAACUGGGAUCAUAGAGUACCCCUUUGACCUAGAGAACAUCAUCUUCAGAAUGGUGGAUGUCGGGGGUCAGAGGUCAGAACGGAGGAAAUGGAUCCACUGCUUUGAAAAUGUGACUUCCAUCAUGUUCUUAGUAGCCCUUAGUGAAUAUGACCAAGUUCUGGUGGAGUCUGAUAAUGAGAACCGAAUGGAGGAGAGCAAAGCCCUUUUCCGGACCAUAAUCACCUAUCCCUGGUUCCAGAACUCGUCGGUCAUUCUUUUCCUCAACAAGAAAGAUCUGUUGGAAGACAAGAUAAUGUACUCUCACCUGGUGGAUUAUUUUCCAGAGUUUGAUGGUCCCCAAAGAGAUGCGCAGGCGGCCCGGGAGUUCAUCCUCAAGAUGUUUGUGGAUCUAAACCCCGACAGCGAUAAAAUUAUCUACUCUCACUUCACAUGUGCCACAGAUACGGAAAACAUCCGUUUUGUCUUUGCUGCCGUCAAGGACACCAUCUUGCAGCUCAACUUGAAGGAAUAUAACCUCGUCUGACGUUGAUUUGCCUGCCCUCCCUCUCUCUCCCGCCUCCUUGGGAGAGCUUUUGUCGUGAAGAAAGCAAGACGAGAGAACCCCACAAAUUAAGAAAAAAAUGUACAGAAAAAAGCAAAAUCUUAAUUUUUAAUGAUGUAAUGAUUGCAAAUUGUCUGAUCUGUGAAGUGGCAAAGGUCUUCUUGCUCGCUGUUUUCUUGGGAGUCUCACGUCUGCCCCACGUAAUAUCUGAUUUAUUAUUAUUUUUUUAACGAAUUUGCUUUUGUUUCACAGUUUAAAACCUUCAACUGGGGACACGUUUUGCACUCUCUGACACCUUGUUUAAUUUCCCGCUUUCUUGCCAAUAGUCCAAAGCGGCUUCCAUCCUCUGGAUCUUGGUCGCGUUGCGCUGGCCAACUCUUUCCAGUCUUUCUGUUCCAGUGGUAGAGAUUCUCAGGCUUUUCAGCCGAGGUUGCGUUUUUUUGGCUGGACGACGGGGUUCUGGUACUUCCAUCUUGUGCCAUCGGGUUUCUCGGGUGCGGUUUGCUCCCUCGGCCAGCUUUCUCCCCUGGGGAAGCCUCCUCCUGAAGGAUCCGCUCCUGGUUUUGCUGAUACCAUCCCGGGAGGCACACGCGCUCCCCAACAAUCACGCAAAGCAAAACAAGCCAUCUGUUUUACCUGCUCUCCCAAACCCCAUUCCUGCACCUUUGUCCCAGCCUAGCCCAGAUUCUCUCAGCUUU